GCAUGCGCGCCGCCCGGCGGCCGAGCCGAGCGCAAGAUGUCGGCGCAGGGGGACUGCGAGUUCCUGGUGAAGCGGGCCCGCGAGCUGGUGCCGGGGGACCUGUGGGCGGCCAAGGCCUGGCUCAUCACGGCGCGGAGCCUCUACCCCGCCGACUUCAACAUACAGUAUGAGAUGUACACUAUUGAGAGGAAUGCUGAAAGGACAGCGUCUGCGGGCAGGCUGCUCUACGACAUGUUUGUGAAUUUUCCAGACCAACCUGCUGUAUGGAGGGAGAUUAGCGUUAUUACAUCAGCGUUAAGGAAUGACUCGCAGGACAAGCAGACACAAUUUUUAAGAGGACUAUUUGAAACGCUUCCUGGUCGGGUCCAAUGUGAAAUGUUACUGAAGGCCACAGAGCAGUGUUUUAACACAUUAGAAAGGGCAGAAAUGCUACUACUACUUCUGCGACGUUUCCCAGAGACUGUGGUGCAACAUGGGGUAGGCCUUGGAGAAACGUUAUUAGAUGCUGAAAGUAUUGAAGACCAAGAAUCCCCAGUGAAUUGUUUUAGAAAAUUAUUUGUUUGUGAUGUUCUUCCUCUAAUAAUUAACAACCCUGAUGUUCGACUUCCUGCCAGCUUGUUAUAUAAAUAUCUGAAUAAAGCAGCAGAAUUUUAUAUUAACUAUGUGACUAGAUCUACACAGACAGAAAGCCAGUAUCAAGGUUCACAAGAUUCCUCUGAUAUUAUGUCUCCAAGCAAGCGUAGCUCUCAGAAAUAUGUAAUAGAUGGUCUUACAGAGAAAUCAUCGCAGAUUACAGAUCCCUGGGAGAGACUAUUUAAAAUAUUGUCUGUGGUGGGAAUGAGGUGUGAAUGGCAAAUGGAUAAGGGAAGAAGAAGUUUUGGUGACAUUUUGCAUCGAAUGAAAGACCUCUGCAGAUACAUCAGUAACUUUGAUAGUGAUGCACAUGCUAAAUAUAAGAAUCAAGUAGUGUAUUCCACAAUGCUGGUCUUCUUUAAAAAUGCAUUCCAGUACGUCAGCAACAUCCAGCCAUCACUCUUUCAAGGGCCAAAUGCUCCAAACCAAGUCCCACUGGUUCUUCUGGAGGAUGUGACCAAUAUCUAUGGUGAUACAGAUAUUGAUCGUAACAAACACAUACACAAAAAGAGGAAACUUGCUGAAGGAAGAGAAAAAACAAUGAGCUCAGAUGAUGAGGAUCCUUCUGGGAAGGCACGAAGUCGCCAUAUUACAGUUAACAAGGCAGAUCUUGCAAACUCUAUUGAAGUAUUAGAGAGCUUUAAACUGGCAAGAGAGAGCUGGGAGCUGCUCUAUUCUCUGGAAUCACUCGACAAAGAGUUCACCAGAAUUUGUUUGUCGUGGAAGACAGACACCUGGCUUUGGUUAAGAAUCUUUCUUACAGACAUGAUCAUCUACCAGGGACAGUACAAAAAAGCAAUUAGCAGCCUACAUCACUUGGCAGCUCUUCAGGGCUCUCAUUCUCCACAGCAAAUUACAGGACAAGGAUCACUAGAAAAUCAGAGAGCACUAAUCCAGUUAGCAACAUGCCACUUUGCCCUUGGAGAAUACCGGCAAACAUGUGAAAAAGUGCUUGACCUCAUGUGCUGUAUUUUACUUCCAAUACAAGAAGGAGGUAAAGUACAAGAGGAACAGCCUAAAGUAAAGUCCAAAUUCAGGAAAGGGUCUGAUUUGAAGCUUUGGCCAUGUACCAGUAGAGCUAUCAUGCCUUACUGCCUUCAUCUAUUGUUAGCUUGUUUCAAGCUCAGAGCUUUCACAGACAGCAGAGAUGAUAUGGCGCUGGGCCACGUAGUUGUUCUGCUUCAGCAUGAGUGGCCAAGGGGUGAGAACUUGUUCCUGAAAGCCAUCAACAAAAUCUGCCAACAAGGAAACUUCCAGUAUGAGAAUUUUUUCAACUACGUCACAAAUAUUGAUAUGUUGGAGGAAUUUGCUUAUUUAAGAACACAGGAAGGAGGCAAAAUUCAUCUGGAACUGCUGCCAAAUCAAGCAAUGUUGAUCAAGCAUCACACAGUUACCCGGGGUAUAACUAAAGGAGUGAAAGAAGAUUUCCGCCUGGCCAUGGAGCGCCAGGUCUCACGCUGUGGGGAGAAUCUCAUGGUGGUCUUGCAUAGGUUCUGCAUUAAUGAGAAAAUACUGCUGCUUCAGACGCUUGCUUGAAUGGACUGGAUCAUGAUGCAAUGUCUCUUAUGGAGAGAGGAGAAGGCUAUUAAUUGUAUGAACAGUAGCAUGGCAGUGGAAAAAUCACUUGUCCAGGGAGUCAAAGAAGUUCCCUAUGAGUUACAGGUUCUACAAUACACAAACACUACUCAGUGUUUGUUCACUGCUUAGUUUUCUUAUGUGGGUAGAUCAAACUUUAUAAAUAAAUCUUUGUUUAAGAAGU